CAAAUAUAAAGACAUUGCGGAAGUUGCCAGUGCCCACCUCUACUCCUAGGCACUCCCUCCUCCCUUUUUUUUCCCUCUUUAAGAACAAGCUCCCACAGCACAAAACAUAAUGUCGGAAAAACAUACCUCCGGCGCCGCCUCCACCACCUCCACCUCCACAACCUCCACUAUAAAAUCCGCUUUUCAAAAACUUCUAGCGAAGGCGCCCUCCUCCUCGCCUGUGCGGGAUCCGGGUACUGACAUGGCGGGGCCGGGUCCGGCGGAAGAGAAGACAAGAGCGCUGGAGGCGAGGGUUGCGUAUUUGGCGCAUAGGUCUUAGAGAGACUAGGGGAGCAGGUGGUGGUGGGUGGGAGGACGGGGUAAAGUCGGUUGGCGUUUAUGUUGUGGUGGGGUUUUUUUCUCUGUAGUUGGUUGGUUGGGAGGUCUUGCUUUCUUGGUUACUGGAGGGGGUGCAUGAAUAGGCGGUGGGUGGGUAUGAAUGUGCGGAUGGAAAGACGAAUGUACUGUAUUGCUUGUGUGUUGUGCAUGUAAGGAGAUUCCUCCGCUAGUGAUUGACGA